GGCUGAGGAACCGAUCCAGUGCAGAGUCAGUAUUCGCCCCAGCGGGAUUCAGCGAGAGGUCAAGGUACCCAUCUUACAGGACGCUGAGGGCACUGCUUGGCUGAGGCCCCUGCAGCAGGGCGCCUGGAGGGCUUCCUAGCCCGGACUUGGUGUCACAUCUACAGACAGUAGACCAGGGCUUGGUGCUCCAGUCUCCUCACCUGGGACGCGGUGGCCUGGUACCUCUCCAGGCUGCAUCUCUGAAGUAGGCCCUUUACUCCUGGAGUGCCUGGAUCUUCUCACACCUACCAUGAAUACCUCUCAUUUCUUGGGCCCUCUCUUCCCAGGAUCCCUACAGGGUAAGAAUGGGACCAAUCCAUUGGAUUCCCCCUAUAAUUUCUCUGAUGGCUGCCAGGAUUCGGCAGAGCUGUUGGCCUUCAUCAUCACCACCUACAGUAUUGAGACCAUCUUGGGGGUCCUGGGAAACCUCUGCUUGAUAUUUGUGACCACAAGACAAAAGGAAAAGUCCAAUGUGACCAACCUACUCAUUGCCAACCUGGCCUUCUCUGACUUCCUCAUGUGCCUCAUCUGCCAGCCACUCACAGUCACCUACACCAUCAUGGAUUACUGGAUCUUUGGUGAAGUCCUUUGCAAGAUGUUAACUUUCAUCCAGUGUAUGUCAGUGACAGUCUCCAUCCUCUCACUGGUCCUUGUGGCCCUGGAGAGGCACCAGCUCAUUAUCAACCCAACAGGCUGGAAACCCAGUAUUUUCCAGGCCUACCUGGGGAUUGUGGUCAUCUGGUUCGUCUCUUGUUUCCUCUCCUUGCCGUUCCUGGCCAACAGCACCCUGAAUGACCUCUUCCACUACAACCACUCUAAGGUUGUAGAGUUUCUGGAAGACAAGGUCGUCUGCUUUGUGUCCUGGUCUUCAGAUCACCACCGUCUCAUCUAUACCACCUUUCUGCUGCUCUUUCAGUACUGCAUCCCUUUGGCCUUCAUCCUGGUCUGCUACGUACGCAUCUACCAGCGCCUGCAGAGGCAGAAGCAUGUGUUCCAUGCGCACGCUUGCAGCUCACGAGCGGGGCAGAUGAAGCGGAUCAACAGCAUGCUCAUGACAAUGGUGACUGCCUUUGCAGUUCUCUGGCUACCCCUGCAUGUGUUCAACACUCUGGAGGACUGGUACCAGGAAGCCAUCCCUGCUUGCCAUGGCAACCUCAUCUUCUUGAUGUGUCACCUGUUGGCCAUGGCUUCCACCUGUGUCAACCCUUUCAUCUAUGGCUUUCUCAACAUCAACUUCAAGAAGGAUAUCAAGGCUCUGGUGCUGACCUGCCAUUGCAGGUCACCUCCAGGGGAGUCUGAGCAUCUGCCCCUGUCCACUGUUCACACGGACCUCUCCAAGGGAUCGAUGAGGAUGGGUAGCAAGUCUAACUUCAUAUAGUCAUGUCUGGGCUUUUCCCUAACAUUUUUUGACACGUCCUUUCACUUAGCUAAGAAGACACAUUGCAGGCUGUGAUAGCAUCCUGUCAUUUCUGGCUUUUGGGGCCCAGAUAGGUUGGCAAGAGACUUGAAGCUUGGCAUUCAGAUUGUUUCGCCCUUUGCUUCUGAGAGAUCUCUGAGUCAGGAUUCUGCAGAUCACAGAGGGAACUUUGUGGCUUGAGCUGCAAGGGUAUUAGAGUCAGAAGUGGCUGAUUCUCACAGCCACUCAGUACAGAUGCCUGGCCCAAAAGCCUUCAUCCAUGUCCUGACCAUUCAGCUAACCUGCCUUUGGUGAUGUGUUUAUGUUCUUUCAAGGGAUGUUGGGUGUUUCAGUAUGGGUUGGGUGCUGGUAGAAGCAGGUGCUGGGAGUUGGGAGUCUGCUUAAUAAAGUGCUUGCUGAAAAGAACAGGGACAAUACGAAUGGGCUAUGAUAAAUGUGGCUGUCUUACCUAUGGUGGUCAAAGCCCCUCCUGGCUGCUGAUUGGGGCCCAAGGCAUCCUCAGUGUGUGUCCUUAGAAAGAAGGAUAUGCCAAGAUUGCUCUUGGUUCACAUAAGAUAGGAUGUUGCAGUCCAGUUCUGUCUGAAUAGAGCAAUCUUCAAUACAGUAAACACAGUAGUCUCAGGGGAGACUUACCCUACAUUGAACGGGUCAGAUGGGCUUUCUGGCUCUGGUCCCUUACCAAGCAUGUGUGCGACUGAUGUCCUGGACAGUUGCCUUGGAGCCACCACUUCUUUCUACCUGUCACAGCUUUUUGGCUGCAUCUCCAGCUUAGUGUUUUUGUUCCUGGAUUUGAGACAAUUUCUUUUCUUUUGAAGUAGGAUCUUACUGUGUAGACAGGCUUGUCUAGCACUCCUGCCAAGCUUUCUUUCUGAGCACCAAUUAAGGCAUACGCCAUCACAUAUGAUGAAAGAUGAGCUUUUCAACCACUCUCGUUAUCUGGUAUAGCCUUUUGCUGACUACUUCAUAUGAUCUACUUUGAGCAAAACCCAGACUCUCAGGCCCACCUUGGCAAGAUGACAUUGUCUGAACUUACUGACCUGGGGCCUCAGACUUCUCCUCGUCUCAGAAGCUCCGGAAUGUAAGCUUUUAUUAAUUAGGCUCAAUGAGACCAGGUUGCCAGUGGUCCAGAUGAGAUAUUUAGUGAAGGUGUUAGGAAUCAGGGUGUGAUGUAGAGGCUCCACCUGGCAUCUUCUGUUUUCCUUCCAACUUAGUUAGGAUGACAUUAGCCUACCCGGUUGUUUCCUGAUCCUGGUGUCCUGGUGUCUAAUGGCCCUUGAGAUUUCUUGGUUGCCAGCUCCUUUGAUGUUUACUAUCCUAAGUAUGGUCUGAAGACCAGAAGCCCUCGCAACUGGAGGCUGUUAGAUAUACCGAGUCUUUGUCGUCACCGCAGAUAUGCUGAGUGCAAAUCUGCAUCUGGUCAAAAUAUGUAGGUUAAUUGUAGGCACACUGAAACCAGGAAGCUUUGCUUUAGGAAGCAAACUCUGGGACUUGGGGUAUGGGGUGAGAGUGUGCAAACACGCACUCUGGGGUCUGGAGUGGAUCCCUGUUCUGAGCAUCUUUAAACUUUGAAGUGCUGCAAAGGUAUGCUGUUUUGGCUGUCAUUUCUCUGCCUGCAUGUGGACAUAGUUCUCAUGAGCUUUUUCAUUAUUUCAAUAAAUACUUGCCAAAUCAGUAGCUUAUAAAAUUCUACCUACAGGGAGCCCAUCCUUUGCAUUCUGCUGCGUUUCACUUAAAACUGUACUGUGAACAGUUUUCCCAUCCGUUUCCACGGCUGCGUACCAGAAACUGCUCCAGUAAAAGCUGGGACCUCUCAGUAUUUCUAUGUAACUCCUCACAGGUCUGCUGGGGAGAGCUCCUAUGGGGAGGUUAGUAGCUGCUCCCUCUGUAGGAGUGGUAGGGCUGGAUGGAGCUGGAGACAUAUUCCUGUACGAAGGCCUGGUAUUUCUGAGAUUAUGUGAAGUCGUAUCAAACCCUGGCAGCAAGAGCUCAGCUGUUUAACUCUGGCCUUUUCCUCUCGACUUGCUUUUCCAUUGUAAAAGUAAUCAUAUGGUAAAAUAAACUGAAAACAAAGGAAAUUGUCAUUUUUGGGACUCAUUUUUAGUUAUUAUAUGCAUAUGUCUGUUUUGAAAAUGUGAUUAAAACUGAACAGUAUGUAUUU